AUGAGCUGUUUAGUGCCAUUCCUUGAACACGAAUACAUGGAUUCUUUGCCAUAUAUAGUGGCGUCCGCGAUGGCAGUGCUUCCGCCUAUUUUACACAAAGAGCUUCUGGAUAUGCUUUGCUAUAAUUUGCUUCCAUUUACUAUUGAUGAAACUUCCGAUUCAGAAAACCUCAAUUAUGCCAAUAUGUCGAUCCCUUCCAUUAUUAUGAUUGUAUUAAAUUAUGCGGACAACCCUUCCUUUCACACACAGUUGUUGGAGUGCUUAAUGAGAUUGAAGUACAAUGUGUCCAAAGAUCUGCUCUGUGUUAUAGCCUACGGAACGGCGAAAGCCAGGUGCGCGGCAGUGGAGCUACUGUUCCUGUAUUGGCCACACCUGAACCCGAGUGCGUUGGAUCGGAAGGCGUUAUCUGAAAAGCACGUCAGUUGGACACCACUGACGUGUCAGUACGAGAAAUGCCAGAACAAUGUGAGCAACGAAGCGGUGAAGAUGUGCAUCGAUCACACGGUUGUCAUAGGAUCAGCCGAAAGGCCGACACCACUACUCAUUUGCAUCGAAUGCACGGAUCAGAUAUAUCGAGGCAAAAGUCGAGACACUUUACUGAAUAUAUUAUUGCCAAUGGAGGAGAUCUCAUACAACUGCGAGAACAAGACGUGUCGGACACCCCUGUCCCAGAAGAUAGCUGUGGCCACUUGUUUCGCCAUUGAGUGCACGAACUAUAACUGCAAUAAACCGAUCAGAUAUUGCUUGCAAUGUAAUGAAGAGAAACACUCGACUAAAGAGGCGUCCAAUCAUAUCGUGCACACAAUCAUACCGUCCCCGUGGGAUAUGGACAGCGAAACUCAGACCUAUUUGGUCGAAGCAAUCGUGAGUUUGUUGAAAGAGGCGCAACCGGACAAACCCUCCAAAGACAGCGAAAGACAUUCCAGAAUUGGGUUUCAGGUGUCGGAAGAUAAUCAGGAGACAACGAUAGAGGAGCGGCAACUGCUCAGCCGAUAUGGUGUAUGGCUUUUGGUGGGUUUGGGCGCUCCCAACGAUAGUACGCCCGGAGCCACUUUGGGACGGCUGUUGAGUAUGUUAUGCCAAUGGUUUCACUACACGGCCUGUUUGCCCGACGAUCAGGCCAGCAGUGCUCUCGAGAGGCUGAAGGGAGAGUGCAUUCACGGAUGGCUCAUGAAAAUUAUCAAAACUCACUUCAAUAUCUUCACGUCUUGCCUUCUGCCCCAUCCCUUGGAUUACGCAAGACUUGGCGGUCAUUGGGAGUCGUGGCCCUCACAGACCAAUCAAAUUAAGGAAGGUUUCAAAAGAUUGCUUUGUCUCGUGCCUUACGAUAUAAUAACGGCUGAUGUUUGGGGGCAUAUAAUGCCAUUUUGGAUGGAGUGCUUCAGACACGACGUUCCUGAAGAGGAACUGUCCGAACUGAAGAUCUUAUUGAGCAAAGUACUAGAUCCAGAUCUAUCACCCCUUGGUUUGCAACCAAAACAAAUGUAUCACUUCAUUAGCAUUCGUUUCGAGAACACAACGGCGCCCGUACAGGAACAGGCGCUCAGUUGGCUUCAGAUACUGACUAUGUUGGAAGUGCCGGUGCCUUUGAAUCUAUUGAACACAAUGUUCUCCACUGGAGUCAAGUCAUUGUCUGAUCCAAACAUCGAAAAGAUAUGUUCGGUCAGCAAGAUCUCUUCAGACCCGACAUCCAGUGCUAUCUCUAAAUCAAGUACUCGAUCGCACAUUAAUGAGACGACUGCCAGCGAACAGGACAUCAAUCUCUCCUCAUAUAUCUUAAUGCUUGACAUUUUGGUCAAACAGUUUGAGUUACAAGAAGUCAAUUCACACAAAGGUCUGGAGACUAAAGAAGCGGUGCAGGUAUUGAAACUGGUCCUGGAUAUACUACACGCCCCGUGGGUUGGGGUGCACACCUGUCAGCUCAGCACCAAACCCGAUGAAGUAAAUGAGGAGGAAAUCUCGCAAUGCCUUUACUGUGAAAUGAGUGCCAUUUGGUAUCAAUUGACUCUUGUUAUCAUCGAAUACUUUUGUCCUGUAAUGGAGGUAACGAUGGCUGACAUUCCCGGAGAUAAUUCAGUCAAACCAAACAUUCCAUCGCAUGAAAAGGUGUCGAAAUCAGAUUCUGUGAGUUCCACCAAAGAGACACCAAAACCAUUACAAACAACGGAUACAAAGAAUGCAAACAAUUCAGUAGUUCCGUCACAAGACGUAAAGCCCACUCCCGGCGAACCCAAUGACACUAUACUAAAAGCUGCCACUAUUUUGGACAUCGAAGACGAUCUGAACUUUAGUCCCGUAGUGCCGAUGGAGUCGAUCGAGACAGGAGUGGCCCGCUCUGUGACCAUUACCGAGGAUGACGUGGCGUCAGCCAAAUGCACGGUUUCGACGACACCUCAACUCUUGGACGACGACAACGACUCUGUGUUUGAUAAGAAGUUAGACGAAAACUUUUGGGAGACAUCGUAUGGAAAGUUUAAGUUCACGAUCGAAGAGCUGCCACCACAGGAACAGUUGGUUUAUAACUUUCUUAAGGAAGUCAAUGUUCACAACGACGCCGACGUUUUGUACCAUUUGUUAUAUUGUGUGAAACUCAUGAGUUUGCACUCAGAAGUGCUCAAUAGGGCCGCGAAGAACAACAGAGGGUUUGUGAUCUGGUGUCAGGAGAACCUACUCAUACCGAACCUCUGGAAGCUCUUGCAGUCAGAAUUCUCGCAGAUCUCACAGCUUUGUGUUCCACUUAUACUCCAUUGCAUUACACUUCCGUCGGGAACCACAAUGUUCUCCAAAGUAGUUGAAGAGGACUUCCAUAACAACGACUGGAGGGCCAGAUUCGCGGCCGUAGAACGGGUCACAACUAUCGCACACUUUGUAGAGCCGGCAACUGUUAAGAACAGUCCUCUACUUCAGGCCUCUUUGGCCACCGCUUUCUGCUAUUUAGUCCACUGUUUGGAUGACAUCGAAGCCAAUGUCGCACAACGAGCUCUUCUUAAUCUCGAAAUGAUUAAGACAUCGUCACUGAAACUGUUGUUGUGGUGUUUGGAAGUGCAGUUUGAUUUGGUUAUUCAGGACAGGCCUAUGAUUUUGACGACAAUAUUCCAACUCUACAACCAUUUAAGUGACAGACGUUUCCUCUCUUGGGAUUUCUUCCUCAACCGAUUCGACGCCCUAUUCCUCGAAUCGCAGGUCAUUUUAGAGCGAAGCGGAGACAUCACCCAAACCCGUGAUCUCAGGAAUACAAACGUCAACUCCGAGACCUACCAGAAGAAACUUAUCAGAGCUCAAGAGGCUCUGUCGCACACUCACGCAUCCCGUUCCUUAUCGGCCAACUUAGGCCUUAAACAGCCUUACAAGAGGACAAUGUCUGCGCCGACGUUCGGCUUAAUCCCAAAGUUUGACAAAAAAGAUAAGUUCUAUGGGCGCCAGACAUCAACCCCGGCCAUCAGUCGCAAGAGCUCCAAACUGGCGGCGCUCACCGGUUCCACAAUCACUCACUUUCCCAACAGUUUCUUUCACGACAACCAACUCAAAGAAGUGGCACAAGAAGAGAGUCAUCUCUUGAGUGUCAUUCAUAAGACUGAGAUGGAAGACCACGACAAAGACACCAUUCAUCUGUUGAUAUUUUUGUUGAUGCAAUUCCUGUCCCGACCCGACCCUUCCCAUCCUCAGGACGAGAAGUCUAUGACUCGCAGUCACCUCAUUGUUUUACGUCAUCUGAAUAUUCUGAUGGGUUAUAGCCCUGCAGAGAAGGCAUUCCUUAUAUCUCCUAAUAGUUUACGAGGACUUCCCGUUUUCAAUGCAUUCAUCACUUCGAUGCCAAAAGUGUUAGACUUUAACUUCAAAAUGGGAAACAUUUUGCUCAGCACUUGUCUUCCUCUGCUUGUAUACUGUCCAUCGCCUCAACGAUAUAUUCACGACGGAAACCAUUUACCCGUCUAUUCGUUAUGGCUUCUCAAACCUCAUGUGCGGCAGUCUUGGCUCACGUCUCUCAACAUUAUUUUAUACAAACAUUCAUACAAUUCUCAGUCAACACUAAAACAGAUCCAAAUGUUGAUUCAGAUUGUAUUGAAUACACUCGCGGCUCAAUUUCAUAGAUGUCGUCCACUCAACGAACACAUGCAAAGUCCUAUACCUUCCCGUUCACGAGAUUUGAGUACAGCGUCUGUAGAUUUAGAGCAAAUCCAGGAACAGGACCAAAGUAUUGACUCUCAAACCGAAGAUAACGAGAUUAUAUUUUCACCGAAAGUCGGUCAGAAUGAGACGGUCAGCGCUUUCUCGAGUGAUGCCGACGAUGAGGAUAAGGAGACGGAACCGAUCAGUGAAAGUCCCAAAUCGAAAGGAAUUGAGAAAUCCGAUGAUUUAAUGGAUGAAAAUAAAGACAAUGAAUUAGUUAAAGACGAAAAUGAGCCAAAAAUAGAGAAUUCAACACAAAGUAUAAUACAAGAGAAAUCAGAGCUUAAGACAAGUGAAAUGCUUUCCAAUAAAUCAGAGCUUAUUUUGUCAAACAAUACGACAGAAAAUGAGAAGGAAAAAGAAGAAGUUAUUGACGAAAAACUAAUUGAUACUAAAGAUAUGGUAACGAAUUCACAGAAACCUCCAUAUCAUCCGCCGGUGCAGCGAAUGAGUCGGCAAUUGUCGCCAAACAGACCUAAAAUGCAGAGAACGGAUGCGAUCGAAGGUUCGCUCAAAUUAAAGAAAAAUAAAAAAGUUGUCAAUGAAAAGCAAGGCAUAGGAAAAGUAGUGGACAUCCCGACCCAUAACUCAUUGACACGGAUUGGAAGCGUUGACGAAAGGUUUACGGGUCACGAAAGCGGUCAUAAAGUGUUGCGAAAUGUCAAUAGCAGUGACAGUGCAGAUACCAAGGUAUCCAAGUCGACCUGGACUAUAGAAAUACACUCUCCGGUCAAACUGGAGCCUAUUUUGCCAGUCAGACCUCCUCAGGAAAGACUACUUCCUAUCGGAAUGACAACUAAAGAGUUGCGAACCAAUAAAGACAUGACAUAUCGCGACGAUUUAAGUCAUUUUGAUAGAUCUUAUUCCGGAGAUUACGACACAAAAGGCGUCCAAACAUUUAAAACUUUGGUCACAAAUGAAGGCGAAAUGCAUUAUCCGGUUUGUGAACGACUUUUGCCGAUCGGACCGACGCCUCCUUUCACCAGAAAGGAAACGGUGUCUCCUGUGCCACAAAUGCAACCAAAAAGAUCUGGAAUUCUUCAGACGCCUAUCUAUGUCAAAGAGGAUCCCAUUCCUCCCAAAGUGGAGCCAUCAGUGACUCAAUUGGUGACAAUUGCCAGCAAUACUAGUGUUUCACUUGCUUCCAGUGCAACAACAUAUGCAAUGACUGCGACUACAACUUUGAUCACCACCUCUAACACCACCAAACAUCCAUUAUCUCUGCGCGACUCCUUUGAUAGUCCAGAUCCAGAGGUCAAAGUAAAGCUUCCAAACUCUCCAAUUAUGGUGGGUUUGGCCAAAGUUAUCAAAGUAGGAGAGGCGCCAGAAACGACACUAAAUGGUGCUAAAUGUGAAUCCGUCUCCAAUGCUAUUGUCAAUACAAAUAAUAAGAUCGACAUAAAAGGAAACAUCAAUGAAUCAAAAGAGGAAACUCUGGAGAAAGUUGUUAUAGAAAUGCGUUCCACUAUUGGACUCAAUGCCGGAAAUGAGAGAACGGAAGAGUUCGCUCUGAAAUCAAACUCAGAAAAUCCAACACAAACUCAAUCACAAAAUCAAACACAAGACGAGCAAAAGCCGGUGCGACCGCACUAUCGCCAGAGAAAGACUAGAAAGGCUACGUCCACUGCGAGUGACAUUCAGCGCUCUAUAGACAGUAGGGGCGGAGGCGUUGCCGAUAAGGUUUCGCGGCGGACGGCUCGGUCAAUGCCACCGAAACGGACCACAUCUGCACAGCCAUCGACCGGAAGUACUGUUUUCUCACCGGAAGAUAUAGUGCACGAGCGGUGCACUCGUUGUGGACAUGUUUUGGAACAGUUCUCCGAAGAGGAAAUUGGCACAUACGUGCACCGGGAGCCCAGUAUUGCCGCACCUAUUCUUCCCGAUGUCCUUAAGUUGGUCUCAAAAUACGCGGGACUCACAGCAUAUCACUGGCAGAGCGAAAGCAUAGCAUUAGCGUUGUCUGACUUCGUUGAUCUCAAUCAGGUCUCCCCUCUGGUAGAGCUGUUUCAGAAUCUGAACGAAAGAAAACAUUUGCCACAUAUAUCUGAAAUGAUGCAUAUGUUGAGUAAUGUGGCCACAUAUCUGGAGUGCAUAUCUCUGGAAACGCCAUCCCAACAGCCGUGGGGCCUAUUUCUGCCACAAUUAGAAACAUUUUUGCGAAAAUUAAUGCUUUUAUUGCCGGACGCGGGAGUACUUAACUUAACACCUAUUAUGCGAAUUAUGUUAUCGACUGUCAAAUUGCCGAUAAUUAAUACAUACAAAACCAUCCUGGACCCCUUUUCCAAAAUGCUCUCUCAUAUCAUACAACAGUCACCUCUGCUGUACGAACAGCUCCUAGACUUAUGUAACCUCUGCUGCAGAAACUUUGUGCGCGAACGGGACAGGUAUCUGUUGACCCGCACUGUGGUCUGCGAACUCGUCCAAGCGAUUAAGUUUCGGACAAUGAUUCCCGACGAGAACCUCAUGAUGUUAGUCCAGUUCCUCCUUCAGGACGGCUCCGGCACUCUCACCCCAUCCGUCAUCGUCGAGAACCUCCGCAUGAAUAACACUCUGGAGAUCGAGAACUUCAAUACAAACGCCUUUGAAUGCAUGCGACCCAACGUCAUGGAUCUCCUCGAGUUUGUCACUGAUGUGCACACACUCUCCCGAGUCAAGAGUAAUUUUUUGGGAACUUCUAUACACCUCAAUGAAGAGACACUGGGCGGACAUCUGAAGGCAGGAAUUUCUCAGUAUUUAUCACUAGAGAUGACAAAAAAUAAUGGCAGUGAUCACCGGGCGAUAACCAAAUACCUUCCCUGGCUCUACAGUCUGCCAUCACUACAACAGGGUCCGAAAGAGUUUAUCGAUUGUGUGGCACACAUUCGGUCACUUUCGUGGCUAUUGUUAGGGUCGUUGCAACACUCGGCACUACUCCAUAAUAACGCCACAUUCCUGUGCCAACCCAUCCCAUUGGAGGCCAACACUCACAUAGCGGAGCACAUCCAGGUGAUUUUGGCCGGGUUUGCCGAGCAGUCCAAAGCAUCGGUACUCCACAUGUCGUCCCUAUUCCACGCGUUCAUUCUGUGCCAGUUGUGGACAAUGUAUUGCGAGAAUAUCUCUGGUCAGAACCCUCCAGGAAGCGAUCAGUACCACCAGUGCACUCUCACACUAUCAGAUUUCUGGGCCAAAAUAACCCCCGGCAUACUCCAACUGAUCUGUCACUCAAAAGUGGUAUAA